AUGGAAUACUCGAAGCAUGUAAUGGACUUUGGAGCUUUGCUCUUCCAACUUCUCCCAGAAGCUUUAGGUUUGAACUCUGAGAUCCUUAAGAAGAUAGAUUGUCUUAAGGGCUUGUUUAUGCUUUGCCAUUACUUCCCACCUUGCCCACAACCUGACCUAACUUUGGGCAUAAGUAAGCACACGGAUAGCUCUUUUCUUACACUUCUUCUUCAAGACCAAAUCGGUGGUCUUCAAGUUCUUCAUAAAGAUUAUUGGGUCGAUGUAACUCCUAUCCAUGGACCUCUUGUCGUUAACAUCGGUGAUUUCACGCAGCUGAUAACUAACGACAAGUUCUCGAGCGUGGAGCAUAGGGUACGGGCAAACAGAGAUGGUCCGAGGAUUUCAGUUGCGUGCUUCUUUAGCUCGAACCUGUUUCCAAAUUCCACUGUUUACGAACCGAUCAAAGAGCUUCUGUCUGAUGAAGACCCUGCUAAGUACAGAGAUUUGACCAUACUAGAGUACACUGCAGGAUACCUUGCGGGUGGCUUCAAUGGAAAAUCACAUUUGUCUAAAUUUAGAAUAUGA